AUGUCGAAACAGCGUGUUGGGAACAGAAGCACAAAAUUUAGGCCAUCUAAAUCUCAAAAGUCACAUAAUACGAAAAAUGGUGUUUCUAGAAGCAGUAUAACGAAGCGACCAUCACGCAGAGUCCAAGAUGCUCGUCAAAAAAUCAUUCAGAAGAAGCGUAAAACUGUCACUGAUGCACGGGAUAUUCUUUCAAAAAUGGCCAAAACUCAGGAUGCACGGAGCAAAAUUAACAAAAUAAGGGAUGGCCGUUCAAGUGGUCCUUCAACUAGUGCUAAUAUAAGAGCCGUUGGUCACAAUAUUUUGAAAAAAACAGAUCGAAAUGGAAAAAUCAGUUUAAUAACUAACAAGUCCAGGCAGAAAUUAGAUAUUAAUUUUGCCAUACAGAAACAGUUAGGAUUGGUUCCUAGUAACAGGAGUCCUCCUAAAAGACCAGCUGCUAAAAGAAAUGCAGCUGUGAACACAGUCAGGUCACCUAUUCCUUCAAGAAAACACUCAAUAUUAAAUGAACUGGAUAUGCAACCAGUUGAGUCCGUUAGGUUAUUCGAACCUGCUGUGUACAAAUGGGUGAGACCUGAAUUGAGAGAAAGUUCAGCCUCACAAAUGAUUAAUUCGUUGGAAGCUACUAGGCAAGUUAUGAGAGAAGCUCUAAGGGAGGAACUUAGUAAUGGAUGGCCAACUUUUGCAUCACACAAUUCUUACCAAAAAAUGGCAGGAAUUUUUGAGAAAGGUCCGCUAAGGUCAUCACAAUCAUCAAUAAGAACUCCAUCUCGUCUGCAGCCAGCCAGCUAUAUAGAUCUAGAUUCUGUAGAAGAUGAAGAUAUGCCUUUGGUACCAGUAAAACCUACCGUUUCACUACAAGGAACUUCUAGGAUUACAAAUGUCCAUUCUAGAUUAGAUGAUUCUUCGUCUGGUGAUUCUCAUGGUAUUUUUUCUCAAAAAACCAAAGUAUUAGUUCCCGCAGGCCAUAGAAUUGUUGUAUCUAAUUUACAGCAGUCGGUCACUCAAGAUGAUAUUAAGGAACUUUUUGAAGACAUUGGCCAAUUGUUAACUGCGAAGUUGGUGCGCCCUGGCGUAGCCGAGGUCAUAUACAAGAAUUUGAAGGAUGCACAAAAGGCGGUAGAUACCUACCACAAUCGACAACUUGACGGGCAGCCUAUGAAAUGUCUUCUAGUGAACAAAAGGCCUCUUAAUUAUCCCACAUCAAUUCCUCUUAAAUCUGAAUCAAUAGGCGUGGCAACUAGAAAAAUGCCUGUGGUACCCCCGUGCCCUCCUAAAAAUUCAUUAGCACCAGACCUUAGCACUAUACAUAGAGUUCUUUUCCAUCGGAAGUAG